AGUGCCAGGUUUAUCGGUCAGAUAAACCCUUUACGGUCGUAUUAUAUUUGACAGAUACUGAUUCAAUAGGACUCUCUCUGUAAAAUUUUCCCUUAUCGCGCCGUUUGGAAUGCCUCUCUGCAGCAAGUGCAACAUAAUCACGCGAUUACCCAGAUGGUACAAUAAAUUCGCAGUUUUCUGCCUUUCUGAAUGGUAAUUCCUCAGGAAUUCACAGAAGAAUACAAUAAAAGUCAGGGUUGGACACUACCCAACCCUAAGAAUGAUUGGGGAAGUUACAUGCACCAUAAUGAACUUCUGACGAAUACUUCAAGACGGCACCGAUUGUGGCCGAUUCUUCAAGAAUUCUUCAGACAUUCAGUUUUCUAAUUCCGCAGGUAUUUUCCUUCAAAUGAAUUCUCUACGAGCUUACGUUCACCUAUACGCUGUCUGGGUGAUCAUGAUAAAACGCAAUAAAGUGCAAUAAGCCGCGAAUCUCUCCCCACCGUCUUUUCUUUUCCGGCGGAUAAACCGUUUUUCCGAGCGAAACCUUCGAUUUGUUAAGGCGUGAACGGCUGCUCACAAUGGGUAAGUCGCGUUUCUCGAUACCGACACGGCCUUGCUGCUGUUAACUAAUAAGCUGGAAUUUUACGGCAACGUGUGUAAUGUAGCGUGCAAAAAUGGAUUGUCACUUUACCGCGACUGACAGUGCUGGUUGACACCGUAUGACAAUUGCUUUUCGCUUGACAUUGCCUGCGAAGAAUGCCGAUCCGGCUUACCUCCGAGCACUAUCUUAUCUCGCGAGAAAUACAUGCCCGAAGAGACAAAGGCUUACCGAUAAUAUUCUCGCUCGCCCCCUCGUCCUUUUCCUCCUCUCACAUUUUAUUACCGUAAUUUAAGGGUGAGUUUCACAAACGUCGGUCAACUGUUAACCCAGAGUUCAGUCGACUUUCCAACUUGCUCCGUCUUAUCGUUUAAGAAGUGACAGAGAAUCAAUUGACCUUCGGUUAGCAGCUAACCGACGUUUGUGAAUCUGGUCCUAACUGUUUCGACAUUGAUCUGUCGAGAAGAUAACGAGACGCUCGCGUUUCCGCCACGCUCGCGACUUAAUUUCUGUAAUCAGCCCCGCGGAGUUAUUGGCGAAUGAACGAUGGUCAUUAAGCGGCCGCCAAUUAACGUACAAGAAGGACGUUACUCCGAAGACAUUCCUAAAAUUGAACCAACUCGCGGGAUAAGAUCCAGUUUAUUUUGCGAAACCUGCGAAAUAUCCACUUUCCUGUCGCACGCCGGAAACGACGUCGGCUUCACGGCGCGCACUGGAAACAAGGAUCACCUUGAACGGGACACUUCGGCCUUCGGCACGGAAACUACUCGUCCUCCGUAAUCGCCGGGCCUGAGGAAAUUCUCUUCACGUAGCGAUCACAUGGCGAACGCGCCGACGUCGCAACGCCCUCGGGUCCUCGCAUAUAAAUUCUGAUUCACGCGACUCCAGUUUUUUUACACCGGCUAGAUACCGAUCGCGGUAUCGAUGCUAAUAAUCUCGUUUCGAGCUGAACGCAAGGUCGCCGAAUGGGACACGAGUGGAUGCAUUUUCCAGAGCGAAACGAUACUUUAAUCGUUUCGCGGUCAAGAAUGGAGUCGGUCGCGACGAUCCGUCAAGUUCUCCAAGCGACGAAUGGUUAAUAAUUAAAACAAUUAUACGCUUUUGUUAUCCGCGUAAAUCUACAAUUCCCUUACAAUAUAGUACUUUUCAAUUUUAUACAGAGGCUGCACCAAUAUAGAUGUUAAUAUGGAAUCAACAAAUAUAAACAAUUAACAAAUUAAUGAAUAAGAAAUAAUUAAGUCGCUGAGAGCACAAAGUUUCUGAAGCCUAAAGAAGAGAUACGCGCUAUCAUUGAAUCUUAUUGAGACAGGUUUAUUUUUUAUUGCGGUUAUCUCGUUUCUUAAUCUGUCAAAUUAAUCUUGAUUGGUUUAAUUAUAAUUGAAGAUUAUUUGAGUGCAUUAAUUAAUGUGUCACGACUGCGUAUACACAUUCAAAAAAUACGCGCACCAACGUCCUCUCUGGUAUUGCGGUCGCAACAGAAGGCUGAUCGACAUAGACGAGAACUGUAAUAUCGAGAGCCGCAAAUAUAAUUUCAUAUAAAAAAAACAUCGAGUCAAUUUACAAGUAUGAUCUAUUUUUGAUGUUUUUAAAUAUUUUGCAAAUUUUCAUAUUGUCAAAGCGCACCCUACGAUUUUUCAAAGCUUUUAUCCAUGGUCAUGCUGUUGUUAUACUAUUGUUAGGCUCCAUAAUUAUUAAAAAAAAAACAUUGUUUCGUUCAAUAAUUUCUUUGCAUUAAAUUGACGCGUGCACUCGGCACUUUUUUGUACCUCGUUCAAAAAGCCGAAGAUGAUCACACAUCGCUACCAAGGGGUUGAGGGUGUACAGGGUGCGUAAACAAUCAAUUUAUCACCACGGUGACACGCUGUUUACGUUGCUUCCGCUAUUACGCAGCUUACGCCGUAUACAUUUGUCGUAAAGUUGAUGAACGCAGCACCAUGGAGCCCCGGGAUCUCGAGACGAUCGGAAUAAUCACGUUCGACGGUUCGUGCGGAAAGCAGCGUUUUCUACCUCAUCUUUUGUUGCCUCAUUUCGUACAGCGAGUUUAACAUAAGUCACUGACUGAAUUUAAUUCGACAACGGAUUAAUGACAAGCAUAAAAUUGACAAGAUUGAUCGAGCGUGUUAGAUCUGGUUCACACACAGCCGAGGAGCGUGAGCUUCCGGUCGAGUUUUAAAUUUCUGAAAUUCCGGAAACGAUUCUCUGCUAAAUUUAAAUUCUCGAAGCGCGAACUUUACAUCUAAUUCCCACGUAUAUUUCCACAUACAAUACUAUAUAUUACUCUGCAUUUCCUCCAAGUUACGCACUUAACAAUUUUACACAUCUCUUCAUUUUUUUUAAGGCAUAACGAAGAACGCUCUGCGACUGCAUCCAGACGAGAAGCAUCUCCUCUAUCCGAUGGGUUACAAGGUCGCCAUAAGGGACAUCGAAAGCGGCGAGCAACGAUUCCUCAGCGGCCACACGAACAAUGUCUCGACGUUGUGCGUUUCUCCGUGCGGCGAAUACGUCGCUUCCGGCCAGAAUAAUCAUCUCGGCUUCAAGGCCAUGGUGAUCGUGUGGAAUUACAAGGAGGGCACGAUGAAGGACAGCUAUGAGACGCACAAGGUCGGCGUCGUCGACCUGUGCUUCACCUGCAACAGCGACUUCCUCGUGAGCCUCGGCGGCCGGGACGACGGCAACGUGAUCGUCUGGGACGUGCGGAAGAGCUCUCCUAUAUGUGGGUUGUUCGCCAGCAACGAUACGAGCGGCAACGCGCAUAACGUCACGAGGACGCAUCUUCACGGCGAGUGCUUCGUUACCUCGGGCGACAGAACGCUGAAGAUCUGGCGGAUCGAGGCUGAGAAGCGCCGGGUGCACGGCCUCGACGUGGAAGUGGGCAAGCUGAAGCGCCUCGUCAACUGCGUCGUCGUGGACGAGAGGGACGAGAUCGUCUACUGCGGCACUUCUUCCGGUGAUAUCAUUAAAGCAAGAUUGAAUCUGCGCGACGACCUGCAACGCGGAGAGCCGGCGCGUUCGCCGGUGAUGAUCGGCUGUUACUCGAAGAUAACGCGCGACCCGAGGAAAAUAAAGACGGGCGAGGGUGAUCUGUACGCGGGCGGAGUGAGGAGCUUGCUGCUUCUGAAAGACGGGAGACUGGUGGUCGGCACUGGCGAUGGUACCAUCGAGUUGAUCCAGAUAAUCAGCACGAAGGAGAACCGAACGCGCAAGCCGUCCAAGUUCCCUAAUACGCCGCAGAUACUCACCCAUCAAGCAGAAAACGUGUGCAGCGCCGUGACGUCCAUAGUUCUGUAUCGGAACGAAUUCGUGCUGGUCGGGACAUCCUGGUGCGAGAUCUAUCAAAUUCAGCUGUCGGAUUUUCACAUGCGCCUACUCGUCACCUGCCACAUCAGUUGCAUCUACAGCGUCGCGUUUCCACGCAAUCAUUCGGAGGUGUUCGCGACGGGCAGCAAGCACGACGUCAGGCUGUGGCGGCUGGAAAAGCAGAAGGAGAUAGUCCGCAUCACCGUGGCGAAUUUCAUUUGCUCCAGUCUACAGUUCGCGCGCGACGAUCAAAUGCUACUUUCUGCUUGGAACGACGGUAUAAUAAGAGCGUUCUCGCCGCACAACGGGGACUUUUAUUUUUCCAUUCACAACGCUCAUACAAAAGCCGUGUCGACGAUCGCUGUCACGAGCGACAGUAAUACGCUGAUUAGCGGUGGCUGCGACGGCCAGGUGCGCGUAUGGGACAUAAAGACUGACGUGCGGCGAUUGAUUAGCAUACUGAAAGAACACCGGGGCCCGAUAACAUCGUUGCACGUCUCGAGCAACAACGAGGACCUGGUCAGUUCGAGCACGGACGGCACGUGCGUCGUCUGGGACAUAACACGCUGCAGCAGAAAGCACAUUCUCAUAGGGAACACGAUGUUUAUGAUGGCGCAAUUCACGCCCGACAGCAUUCAGAUCUUGACAUGCGGCACGGAUCGGAAGAUCGCUUACUGGGAGACCCUGGACGGCUCGCUGGUGCGGGAGAUUGAAGGUUCCAGCGCCGGAACGAUCAACUGCGUAGACAUCAGUUCGGAUGGUCGAUACUUCAUUACCGGGUCCAAUGACUGCACCGUCAAGAUCUGGGAGUACGACAGCGCGGAUCUCACCCACGUUGGUACUUUUCAUGCCGCGAUAAUCACCGCGUGUAAGUUCAGCACGGACGGCAAGUACAUAGUGUCGGCUAGCGCCGACGGGACGAUCAUGAUUUGGAAACGCCCGUCCGAGGCCUCGGACGAUUCCAAGAGCGUGGGUCAAUCGGAAAGAAUCGCUAGCUCCACGCGCAGCCCGCCUGACGCGGAAGUGGAUAAAGUAUCCCCGCGUAAAGCAGAGGACGGUGCGAGUGUCGUGGCGGAUCAAGCUGUACGACCCUCCAAAAAAUCUACUUCGUCGUGUACAAGCGAUAAAAGGUCAGUUGCCUCCGACCGAAGUAAAGAUUCCAAAAGGGAAAUCCGCGAAGAAAGAACGCCCACUUGCAAAUGCACGUCGCGGAGUUCGGCGAGCUCCAAAUCAAGCGCAAGUACGCCGAAUCAAUGUCGAUGCAGGGACGCCAAGAGCGACGGGUCGUCCAGUAAAGCGAAGACGACAGAAAGUCUGAAAGAGUCUUCGAAUUCAAGCAGCAGAGGAUCCACUACGUCAAAAACGUAAUGUGCAAUCACUUCGUCAGAC